AAAAAUCCGCGGCGCAGCAAAAAUAUCUCAUGUCAAAACAUGAACUUCUGCAGACGUGGCAGCAUGCCAUGUGGAUACCCAUAUGACAUCUGUCACUUCCAUAGUUCCAUUCUUCUUCUCAUCCACAUUCCACCUUCUCUUUUUAUCUUUUUGACCGAUCACUGUGAUAUGGAGAAUACUUUUCCACCACUGGUGACGGCGGACCAGAUGUGUUCGGCGGCGUCGGAGACCACCGGCAACGACGGUGGGUUGAAUAAUAUUUUGGAGCAGGAGGAGAGUUCGUUUAUGGAAUCACCAAAAAGAGGAUCAUCAGAAUGGACCGAUGAAAAACAUAGUUUGUACCUAAAGUCAAUGGAAGAUUCUUUCGUUAACCAGUUAUAUAACUCUUUGGAUACGCGAAAUGGGACAAUUGAAAACGAGUGCUCGUCAGAAUCAUUGUCAUCUAGGAGAAUUCGUGCAAGCAACCGUUUCCCUUCCGGCCAGUUUAAGGUUUUACAGCAUGGGUUUUGGUCAAGGAUUGGUCCUAGGAGAGAAAACUUGGGGCGUAAUGAAGCAAAUAGUCCCGAUGUUUCAUCAACAAAUACAUGGAUCCGGCAUUUUAGAAAUGGAAACAAACAAGGAGCUACGGAAGAAAAACCAUCAUUAACAAGUUGCGAUAACACAGAGGUGAUAGAUCAAAAUUUUGUUGAAGAAGAUUCUGGUGUACAAAUGAUGAAGACAUCUUGCAGCAAGAAGAGGAAGACUACUUAUGCAGUUCCCAAAUCAGGCAAUGAUCAGGUUGCUGCUUCCUUUGGACCCAUCUCCUGUAACAGAAGUCACUGACAACCGAACUUCUGAUCGGCCUCUCAACAUUUCUUGCUGCACAUUCGUGUGAUUGCACAUUAGAAAAAAAGACGGUUCACUUAAAUAUUUGGCCAUAUAUAACAUGAGAUUAUUAACCAGUGUUAGUAUUAUUUAGGAGUGAUUAGCCAAUAUGACGAUGGAAUAUUCUAUGAAAGAAGGUAUCAAAUUCAUAUUUGAAAA